UACAAUUCAUCAUCCUCACCACUCAUACUGUACACCCCCUCCAACCCGAAUCAUCGCAAACUCCAUCUAACCAAUCUACGGAAACUUGAAUCACGACAAUUACGAUAAUAUUCUCCCGACGGAGCCCCAGCAACCAUGGCGCUCGACAACUACUACCACAACAAGAUCGAGGCGAUGAAGCUCGAAAUCCUCAAGGGCCAAGCCGUUCUCCGACGUCUCGAAGCCCAGCGUAACGACUACAACUCAAGAGUGCGGUUGCUGAGAGAAGAGUUAGGUCUUCUGCAACAACCCGGAUCGUACGUGGGUGAGGUGGUCAAAGUGAUGGGAACGAAGAAGGUAUUAGUGAAGGUACAUCCAGAGGGAAAAUAUGUCGUAGAUGUUUCGGAUUCCGUGGAUAUGGCAAAACUUACCGUAGGUAAACGAGUAACGCUUCUAUCCGACUCCUACAAGCUCGAGAAGAUCCUCCCGUCCUCCGUCGACCCCCUCGUAUCCCUCAUGAUGGUGGAAAAGGUGCCCGACAGCACAUACGACAUGAUCGGUGGUCUGGAUCAGCAAAUCAAAGAAAUCAAGGAAGUCAUCGAGCUCGGCCUGAAGCACCCCGAACUCUUCGAAUCGCUCGGUAUCGCCCAACCAAAGGGUGUUCUUCUCUACGGCCCUCCUGGAACCGGAAAGACAUUAUUGGCUCGAGCUGUUGCACAUCACACAGACUGCAAAUUCAUCCGAGUAUCUGGUUCCGAACUCGUGCAGAAGUACAUUGGUGAGGGUUCUCGUAUGGUGCGAGAGCUAUUCGUCAUGGCCCGAGAGCACGCCCCCUCAAUUAUCUUCAUGGACGAAAUCGACUCCAUCGGAUCCUCGCGAGUAGAAGGGUCGUCAGGCGGCGACUCUGAAGUCCAACGAACGAUGUUAGAACUCCUCAACCAGCUCGACGGCUUCGAGCCGACGAAGAACAUCAAGGUGAUUAUGGCGACGAACCGUCUCGACAUCCUCGACCCGGCGCUACUACGACCGGGCCGUAUCGAUCGUAAGAUCGAGUUCCCUCCGCCAUCGAUCGAAGCCCGUGCCGACAUUUUGCGCAUCCACAGCCGCAAGAUGAACCUUACCCGUGGCAUCAACCUAAACAAGAUCGCCGAGAAGAUGAACGGCUGCUCCGGCGCCGAGCUCAAGGGUGUGUGCACCGAAGCCGGCAUGUACGCCCUGCGCGAGCGCAGAGUCCACGUCACGCAGGAGGACUUCGAACUAGCCACAGCCAAGAUUCUGAACAAGCACGACGACAAGGAGGUCUCUCUACAGAAAUUCUGGAAAUAAGCUCAUGUCUUGGCUACGAUUACCUACCACGGGAUCACGGUUCUAUCCUCUGACAUGCCGCAUUGCUACGAGCUUGGACUUCGGCGUGGCGCUGGGGUCGAUAUGAUGACGACAGCUGCGCGGAAGAGGAGCCGGGGAU